UGACAUUCAAAAUAGACACAGGUGCUGAUGUGACAGUCUUGCCUCACUCAGUGUUCCUAAACACAUGCAGAAAUGAUCCACCUAGUCUCAGAAAGGCAACAAAGCCACUCCUGGGACCAGGAAGAAAUCCCCUCGACGUGGUGGGCGUCGCCAGUUUGCUGCUGAGGAGAGGGGAAAAGUCAGAGAGGGAGGAUGUGUACAUCGCUCGUCAUGUGCAUACUGCCCUGCUGGGAAGAUCUGUGAGCUGUAGGCUGGGGCUUGUAGCACGCCUAGACAGCGUUACUAUGGAGACAUUAAAGGAGCACUACCCAAAAUUAUGCACCGGGCUCGGACAAGUACGGCAGCCAUAUGCCAUCAAGCUGAGUCCAGGGGCGGAACCAUUCUCACUUAAGACACCAAGGAGGAUUCCAUUGCCUUUAAUGGACAAAGUCAAGCAGGAACUGUCCCGCAUGGAACAACUCGGGGUGAUAAGUAGAAUUGAGGAGCCAACAGACUGGUGCGCUGGCAUAGUGGUGGUGCCCAAAAAGACAGGUGCUGUACGUAUAUGUGUCGAUCUCACCAAACUCAACGAGUCAGUGUGUAGGGAAAAGUUCAUCCUGCCAUCAGUGGAGGAAACACUGGGAAUGCUGGCUGGAGCCAAAAUUUUUAGUAAGCUGGAUGCAAACAUGGGGUUUUGGCAAAUUCCUCUAACUGCAGAUUCAUCAAAACUGACAACUUUCAUUACACCCUUCGGGCGCUAUUACUUCAGACGGCUACCGUUUGGCAUAGCAUCCGCCCCCGAACAUUUUCAGAACCGGAUGGUGACGGAGGUCACAGAAGGGCUUGAGGGCGUUGUUUGCCACAUGGACGACGUGCUGGUGUGGGGCCGAACACAAAAGGAGCAUGAUGCUCGCCUGCAUGCCACGCUAGAAAAGAUCCAAAAGGCAGGCAUCACUCUGAAUGUCGAUAAGUGCGAUCUGUCAAAGUCAGAGGUGACCUUUCUAGGCCACGUGCUCUCCACCAGUGGCAUCAGCCCAGACCCAAGCAAAACAGAAGCUGUGAGGAAGAUGCAGGAGCCAACAACUGUGACUGAGUUGAGAAGUUUUCUUGGAAUGAUAAAUCAACUUGGGAAGUUUGUGCCGCAGCUGGCCGAGAGAGACAAGCCUCUGCGAGAUCUCCUGUCGAAAAAGAACUGCUGGGUGUGGGGCGUCGACCAGGCAAGGGCCUUCCAGGAUCUAAAGGAUGCACUCACGUCUACACCAGUGCUAGCCAUGUACGAUCCCAACAGAGAGUGCAAAGUCUCAGCAGACGCGUCAUCGUACGGGUUGGGAGGCGUACUGCUACAAAAGUGGGACGAAGAGUGGAGGCCAGUAGCCUACAUGUCGCGGUCUCUCACGCCAACAGAGCAGAGAUACGCCCAAGUAGAGAAGGAAGCUUUGGGGCUGACCUGGGCCUGUGAGAGGUUCCGCAACUUCCUCAUCGGGAAACAUUUCCAGAUGGAGACGGAUCACAAGCCUCUCCUGAGUCUUCUGGGGUCUCAAGCACUGGAUGCUCUACCUCCACGGAUCCAACGCUUCAGAAUGCGUCUGAUGCGCUAUUCUUAUUCUAUUUCUCAUGUGCCAGGGAAGUUCCUGUGGACAGCCGAUACGCUGUCACGAGCUCCUGUUAAGAGAGAGGAGACAGCAGCGGACAAAGAGCUGUUUGAAGAAACCAACAUCUAUGUGGACAUGGUACUGGAGAACCUACCUGCAAGCGCUGACUACCUGGAGGAGCUGAGAGAGCAGCUGCAGAGAGACAGUGUGUGUGCACAGGUGAUGCAGCUGUGUGCUGAAGGCUGGCCAGCACACGGUUCCAAAGAACCAGCACUCAGGCUGUACAGGGCAGAGCAGGCGUUCCUUACAGUUCAAGAUGGUGUCUUGCUGAAGGGACACAGGCUCGUCAUCCCUUCUACAAUGAGAAAUGAUGUUCUCGCCAAAUUGCAUGAAGGACACCAAGGCGUGGUGAAGUGUAGACAGCGGGCACGGCAGUCAGUAUGGUGGCCCGGGCUGAGCCAGCAGCUGAAUGAAUUGGUUCUCAACUGCCGAACAUGCUGUAAGGAGAGACAGAACCACAGGGAGCCGCUGAUGCCGUCACCAUACCCAGGCCGACCAUGGGAGAAGUUAGGAGCUGAUUUAUUCAUGCUCGGUACCAAGACCUACCUGCUGGUAGUGGACUACAUGUCAAGGUACGUGGAGAUUGCUUUGCUGACCUCCACAAGGUCAAAUGAUGUAAUCCACCACCUAAAAUCGAUAUAUGCACGUCACGGAAUCCCGGAUCUUCUCGUUUCGGAUGGAGGGCCCCAGUUCUCUGGAGCAGGCUUCGCCGAGUUUGCACAUUCUUACGGAUUCCGGCACGUUACCAGUAGCCCAAGAUAUCCUCAAGGGCUACCCCUCUCGACAAUGGGUAUAGUCCAGCGCAGCUUCUCAUGGGGAGGAGGCUCCGCACAACAGUGCCUAUCCUUCCUGCUUUGCUAAAUCCUGCUCUUCCUGAUAGUGAAGCUGUUAUGCGGAGAGAAGGGGAGAAGAGGACAAAAGAUGCACAACGCUACAACCUGCGGCAUCGUGCAAUGAACCUUGACAGACUGAAUCCGGGACAGGACGUGUGGAUCAAGGACCAAAAGAAA